CUUCGUAAACAUUGAAGAGUUGAUGCUCCUGAGGAGCAUGUCUCUUAUGUAAAUUCUUUCUUAUUGUAAAUAUUUAACUGAACAAGUUGUAAUACUUUACUUUAUCAUCUAACUCCUCAGUUAAUCAGCAUGGAUAUGUUAAAAUAUAAGAGCUUAGUAGAAGAAGGAGAUUUAGUUAUCGUGUACUUAGAUAUUCGUCAUAUGUAUCCUCUGACAGUGAAACGUGAUGAAGUUUUUCAGAGUAAAUAUGGAGCGUUAAAACAUAAUGACAUCAUCGGCAGUAAGUUUGGAAGUUGUGUGAGUUGUACCAAAGGUUGGGUGUAUGUCCUUUUCCCAACUCCUGAACUGUGGACAAUCACUCUGCCGCAUCGGACACAAAUUCUUUAUGCAGCUGAUAUUAGUUUAAUCAUUGUACAGUUAGACUUGAAGCCAGGAUCAAUUGUUUGUGAAGCUGGAACUGGCAGUGGUUCCUUGUCUCAUGCAUUGAUUAGAGCUAUUGCCCCUGAUGGCUUCCUACACACUUUUGAAUUCCAUGAAAAACGAGCUGAAGUCGCUCAAGAAGAAUUCAAAUCUCAUGGUUUGUCCCACUUGGUCAAAGUGGAGAGAAGAGAUGUGUGCUCAGAUGGAUUUGGAAUAAAAAGAGUUGCCGAUGCUGUUUUCUUAGAUCUUCCUAAUCCAUGGGAGGCUGUUCCCCAUGCUGCUACUGCCAUUAAAGAAUCAGGUGGCCGUAUUUGUUCCUUUUCACCAUGUAUUGAGCAGGUACAGAGAACCUGUUUAGCAAUGCAGGUGUCUGGUUUUCGAGAUAUUGUAACAGUUGAAUGCUUACAGAGGACAUUAGAAGUGAAAAAAAUCACUCAAACAAUUAUAAGCUUUGAUAAAUAUGAUCGCGUUAAACUCACACCAGAAGCUAAUCAAAAAGAAAAAGUAGAAGAGGAAGUAGAAGAAUCAAAUCAAGAAAAACCAAUGAAAGAUGGUGAAACUGUUACUCAUUGGACAGCAUUACCUCCCUUGCAGAGUGCUGGACAUACUGGUUACCUGACUUAUGCUUCUUUUCUGAAUUUCAGUGAAUCACAAUGAUAUUGAGCUACAAAGUGUCAUAUUAUGGUUUUCACUGUAAAUAAAAAAUUCAUU